AUGGAGCAGCGAGAAACAGUGUCCUUAAUGAAAACAUCUUAUUCACGUCUUAAUCUUAUCUUACACAAACCAAAUGAAUCGUUCAUUCAUGAGAAUGUUGGGUGGUGUGGUGUGGUGGACCACUUCUAUUCGCAGCCCAAGCAUGAUAUACACAUAACAGGGACCUACAUAGUAUACUUGGGAGAACAUUCUCAUGGUCCAAGUCCUUCGCUUCGUGAUCUUGAGUCAGCCACAAAUUCUCACCAUGAUUUACUGGCUUCAGUCUUGGGAAGUCAUGAGAAAGCAAAGGAAGUGGUGAUAUACUCUUACAAUAAGCACAUCAAUGGCUUCGCUGCACUACUUGAAGAGGAAGAGGCGUCAGAGAUUGCAAAAAAAGCAAGUGUAAUUUCUGUAUUCUUGAGCAAAGAAUAUAAAUUGCACACUACCAGAUCAUGGGACUUUCUUGGGCUGGAAAAAUAUGGAGGAAUUCCUGCAGAGUCUGCUUGGUGGAAUGGAAAAUUUGGAGAAAAUACUAUUAUUGCUAAUCUCGAUUCAGGAGUUUGGCCGGAACACACAAGUUUCGGCGACAACGGAUACGGUCCCCUCCCAUCAACCUGGCGUGGGAACGGGGUGUGUCAGAUCGACCAUUUUAAUCCUCCAAACAAAACACUCUGUAACAGGAAGUUGAUUGGAGCAAGAAUCUUUAGCAAUGGCUACGAGGCAGAGCAUGGGAAACUUGAUCCUUUGAAACACACUGCACGUGACUUUGUUGGCCAUGGUACCCAUACCCUUUCAACUGCUGCUGGUAACUUUGUUCCCGGUGCAACUAUCUUUGGCAAUGGCAAUGGCACUGCAAAGGGUGGAUCCCCAAAGGCUCGUGUCGCUGCAUACAAAGUGUGUUGGUCCAUAAAUGAUGCUGGUGGCUGCCAUGAAGCAGACAUUCUACAAGCGUUUGAUCAUGCCAUAAAUGAUGGUGUUGAUGUCAUCUCUGCCUCUAUCGGUGGCUCUAAUCCUUACGUUGAAGCCUUCUUCACAGAUGGGGUUUCCAUUGGGGCAUUACAUGCAGUUGCUAGAAAUAUAGUUGUAGUUUGCUCUGCUGGGAAUGAUGGGCCGGCACCUAGAACUGUCACAAAUGUGGCACCAUGGACCUUCACAGUUGCUGCUAGUACAAUAGACAGGGAUUUUCUCACCAACAUUUCUCUUGGUAAAAAUCACCACCUUAAGGGAGCCAGUCUUAACAGAGGUUUGCCAUCACGGAAAUUUUAUCCAUUGGUUCAUGCUGUCAAUGCUAGACUUCCUAAUGCCACAAUUGAUGACGCUCGCCUUUGCAAGCCAGGAACACUUGAUCCUACCAAAAUAAAGGGAAACAUAUUGAUCUGCAUUCGACAAGAUAUGACAACAUCAAUAGGUCAGGGUUACGAAGCUGCUAAUGCUGGCGCAGUGGGAGUGUUUGUGGUCAAUGACGAGAAAAGUGGAAAUACACUUCUAGCCGAGCCUUAUCCUAUCCCUGGAGCAAAUUUGGAUGUCUAUGAGGAUGAGGAUAUAGAUGAGCGUGAAUGGUUUGGAAAAGGAGGUUCCGACAAGAACAAUAGCAGGAAGCUUGCUGCAUACAUGACUGUAGCAAGAACAUAUUUAGGAAUAAAGCCUGCUCCAAUUAUGGCUGGAUUCUCAUCCAGGGGUCCCAAUGCACUGCAACCAUUGAUACUGAAGCCUGACGUAACUGCCCCUGGAGUGAACAUAUUGGCAGCUUAUUCACUAGCCACAGCUCCAUCAAAUCUACCAUCAGAUAGACGUCGUAUUCCUUUCAAUAUGCAACAGGGAACUUCUAUGGCAUGCCCUCAUGUUGCUGGUAUCGCUGGUCUUCUCAAAACACUUCAUCCUGAUUGGAGUCCAGCAGCUAUUAAAUCAGCCAUUAUGACUACUGCUACCACUCUAGAUAACAACAACCUACCGAUUCGGGACGCAUUCGAUCAGACAGCAACUCCGUUUGAUUAUGGCACCGGACAUAUUCAGCCUAAUCUUGCAAUGGACCCUGGACUUGUUUAUGAUAUGAGAACUAGGGAUUACUUGAACUUCAUAUGCGCUCAUGAUCACAACCAAAAUUUUCUCAAAUACUUUAGCCGCAUCUCUUACGAUUGUCCAAAGUCUUACAACAUUGAAAAUCUCAACUAUCCUUCAAUUACAGUAGCAAAUCGAGGGAUGAAUCCUAUAAAUGUUACUCGUACAGUGACCAAUGUGGGAACUCCAACAAGCACAUAUGUUGUGAAAGCUAACGAACCUGAAGGAUUUAAGGUUCUUGUUGAACCAAGUUCAUUGACUUUUAAGACUAUUGGAGAAAAGAAGAGAUUUCGGGUUAUUCUUCAGGCAAUGAGUUGGCCUAGUCACGGUUUUCCAGUGUUUGGGAACUUGUCUUGGACAGAUGGAAAUCACACAGUAACCAGUCCUAUUGUAGUCCUUUAA